AAAGAAAGAACAGAAAAUCAAACUUUGGACAAUUAAACAACAAAAAUGGCCAAAGCAAGCUACAAAUUAACCAUGCUUUUCACCUUUGUUCUGUUGUUCCUUCUUUCCAUUAACAUUGCCGAAAGUAGAAUUGUUUCCUCUGGGAUUGGGACAAAUUCUGCUCUGAUAUGUAGUAAGAUUUAUGGUGCAAAUAUUGGAGACACAUGUUUCAGCAUUAUGCAACAAUUUAGUGUGACCCCUGAGUCCUUUACUACUUUCAAUCCCAAUCUCAAUUGUGACAAAAUGUUCGUUGGUGAAUGGAUAUGCCUUGAUGGUUCCUCCUUCUAGAAUAUCGAGCCGGAAAUAUUAAGCUCGAAAAAUAAAGUAGUUAAAUUUCGUAUUGUUCUUAGUUUUUUCCCUCUAAGAAUUUAGGAGCAAAGAAGACGGUACAAUUUGAUUUGGGAACAAAGGCUAAGGCUAAUGUAUGAAUAAAUAGCAAUAAGAUCAAUAAUUCAAUAUUUUGAAGAAAUU